ACGCGCUUCGGUUGCUGUCUGGAAUCCGCUAGGAAGAGCAAAAAAAAAAACCACAAACGUAGACCUGUCCUGUGCACAUUGGCUCCACUGACAAGAUGCCAGACAGAUCCCCUUCGCAGCGGAGUGUGGUACCGCGUCGACUCCAACCCCCUCCCAUCGCACCGAGGUAUCAAAUGACGGGGUCGACCCGAGACCCUCGUCUGUUUCCAAUCCGUAGUGUCAUUCACCAGCACGGUCACGUGAAUCCAGAGGGCCGUGCUUUUGGGUAUCUCGACCAAAAGGGGCAAUCUCACACAUUCCCCACCCCCAGCCAAAAAAAGACAGAUUUGAGUCCAUGAAAAUCUCGUAGCAACGGACGGACCCAGCGGAGCUGGCAUUGUGGGCUGUUCGCUCCGUCCAAGACCCUACAAACGUGUGCGCAAAACGGAAUAUACUCUCUGGGUACGGGGGUGACAUGUAGGAGACCUGCUGCUGGCGAGUCUUCCGAAGGAAAUCGCGGGAUUUGCGGAUUUCUACUUUUCUUCUUUUUAUGGAUGCAACGUAGCUUUUGGGGAAAAAGACCUCGGUGGUUCGUUUUCCCACUGCUGCCCCCCGUUUCAAGGAAGGGGGCUCCUUGGAAACGGAUAAGCCGAAGUCGAAUGUGAUUCCACGUAUUUGCACAUAAUGGAGGUGUGAAGUAUGUCAAGAAACACUAUUGGCAAGACGUCCUGUUUGAAGCCCCCCAGCUUUCCAUUGUGGGGCCUUGGCUCUCCAGCCAGGUCAAAGGUCAACGCCAAGCAUGCUGCCACGCCGUCACCUCCGGAUGCCAGCCUUACUGCCACUGGUGUCCCUGCUGCUGUCGCUGCUCCUGAUUGGCUGCGAGGCCAAAGCACCACCCAAAUUCACCAAGGUGCCAGUUGACCAGACAGGAGUGUCUGGGGGGGUGGUCUCCUUCGUGUGCCAGGCAACAGGUGACCCCAAGCCACGAGUGACCUGGAACAAGAAGGGAAAGAAGGUCAACUCUCAGCGGAUCGAGACGAUCGAGUUUGAUGAAGGGGCAGGGGCUGUGUUAAGGAUACAGCCUCUCCGAGCGCCAAGGGAUGAGAACAUUUAUGAGUGCGUAGCUGAAAACUCAGAGGGGGAAGUCACCGUCAGCGCCAAGCUUUCCAUUAUCAGAGAGGACCAGCUGCCUCCUGGGUUCCCCAACAUUGACAUGGGCCCCCAACUGAAGGUGGUGGAGCGUACUCGCACAGCGACCAUGUUGUGUGCUGCCAGCGGGAACCCCGACCCCGAAAUCACCUGGUUUAAGGACUUCCUGCCCAUUGACCCCAGUGCAAGUAAUGGGAGAAUCAAGCAGCUUAGAUCAGAAGCCUUCGAGGGUACUCCUAUACGAGGAGCCCUACAGAUUGAAAACAGCGAGGAGACAGACCAGGGCAAAUAUGAGUGUGUGGCGUCCAACAUCGAAGGCGUGCGUUACUCCUCCCCCGCUAACCUUUACGUGCGAGAGCUUCGAGAAGUCCGCCGGGUGCCACCCAGAUUCUCCAUCAUGCCCACCAGUCACGAGAUCAUGCCCGGGGGCAGUGUCAACAUCACCUGCGUGGCGGUGGGCUCCCCCAUGCCCUACGUCAAGUGGAUGCUGGGAGCCGAAGACCUGACUCCAGAAGACGAGAUGCCUGUAGGACGUAAUGUACUGGAGCUGAACAGUGUCAGGGAAUCUGCCAACUACACCUGCGUGGCUCUGUCCAGCCUUGGCGUCAUUGAGGCUGUAGCACAGAUCACUGUCAAGUCACUGCCUAAGCCUCCAGGGACUCCUAUUGUGACCGAAACCACAGCAACCAGUAUCACCAUCACCUGGGAUUCAGGCAACCCUGACCCUGUCUCAUACUACAUCAUCCAGUACCGCGGCAAGCAGGUGGACAGCAAGUUUGAGACCGUAGAUGGCAUCACCACCACCCGCUACAGCAUCGGAGGGCUUAGCCCAAACACCGAGUACGAGAUCCGAGUGUCUGCUGUCAACACCAUCGGUCAGGGUCCCCCCAGCGAACCUGUGGAGGCCCGCACAGGAGAACAGGCCCCUGCCAGCCCUCCACGCAACAUCCAGGCCCGCAUCAUUAGUCCAAACACCAUGAUGGUGAGGUGGGACGAGCCCGAGGAGCCUAAUGGGCAGAUCAAAGGGUACCGCGUGUAUUACACCAUGGACCCCUCCAAGCCCAUGAGCCUCUGGCAGAUACACAACGUGCAGGACAGCGUCAUCACCACCGUGCAGAGCCUGGUGCCAUCCGAGACGUACACGAUCCGGGUGCUGGCUUUCACCUCUGUGGGAGACGGCCCGUUCUCCGACCCCAUUCACGUGAAGGUCCUGCAGGGAGUGCCGGGACAGCCAGCUAAAUUCCAAGUAGGAGCAGUUUCUGCCAAUAGCAUUGAGCUGACCUGGGAGCCAGCCUAUGAUAAGGAAGGGAUCAUCACCUAUGAGCUGCACUACAAAGAGGGCAAGUUUGGAACCGAGGUCGUCAAAACAUUUGGCCCCACUUCUUCUUAUACUGUAGAAGGCCUGCGAGCCAACACUGAGUACUUCUUCACACUGGCAGCCAUCUCCGACAAGGGGAUCGGCGCGUUCACCAACGAGAUAUCACAGAAAACGUCCCAGGCCAAGCCCUCCGCCCCCCCUCAAGACAUUAAGUGCUCCAGCUCCAGCUCCACCACCAUACUGGUAAGUUGGCGCCCGCCCCCAGCGGACAGCCAGAAUGGCGCCCUUGCGGGGUAUAGCGUGCGUUACCAGGCUGUGGGAGGAGAGGACAGCAACCCCAAGGAAGUGACCGACAUCCCCCCCUCGACCAGUCAAGUUCUGCUGGAAGGGCUGGAGAAGUGGACGCAGUACCGGGUCUCUGUGGUGGCCUACACCUCCGUGGGGCCCGGCCCGGAGAGCGAGCCCGUCACCAUCCGGACAGACGAAGACGUGCCGGGAGCUCCCCCUCGCAAGGUGGAGGUGGAGGUGAUCAAUUCGACUGCCCUGAAGGUCACGUGGCGCUCGCUGCAGCCUGGGCGCCAGCACGGACAGAUCCGGGGGUACCAGGUGCACUACGUGCGGGUAGAGAACGGUGAAUCUCGAGGACUGCCCCUCAUCAAGGAUGUCAUGCUGGCAGACGCCCAGUGGGAAACCGAUGAUACAGCUGAAUAUGAAAUGAUCAUUGCUGGGCUUCAACCCGACACCACUUACUCCAUCACUGUGGCAGCCUACACCACGAAAGGGGACGGCGCCCGUAGCAAACCGAAACUGGUGGUGACAAAGGGGGCAGUUCCCGGCAAGCCAGCUCUGUCCGUCCAGCAGACCUCAGGCAACAUGGCCCUGGUAAAGUGGCAGCCAGCCAGCCAACCCACUUUGGAGAUUCAAGGCUACCGGCUCCAAUUUGGCCGAAAAGACAUCACUCCGCUGGCCACUCUGGAGUUCACAGCACAGGAGCAUGAGUAUACCAUCAACAACGUGCACAAGGGUGCCACGUACAUUUUCAAACUUUCUGCCAAGAGCCGCUCAGGCUUUGGGGAGGAGGUAAUACGGGAGCUCAGCGUGCCAGAGGAGGUACCAAAGGGCUACCCACAAAUCACUGAGGGCUCCAACGUCAGCUGUUGUACGGUUCAGUUCUCCUGGCUCCCACCAGUUCUUGCAGAGAGAAAUGGGGUGAUCACCCAAUACACAGUAGCUUACAAAGAGUCGGGAAGCUCCAGUAACCCCAGCGAGCUGACUCUCCCAGCCAGCCAGUCCAGCCUGACCUUAAACGGCCUCAGCCCAAACUCGGCUUAUGAUGUGAAGAUCCGAGCACACACCAGUGUAGGUCCAGGUCCCUACAGCCCCCCCAUCCAGUAUCGGACAGUGGCGGUCGAGACAGACGUCCCAAAGAAUUUCAGGAUCAAGCUGGUUACCAAGACCUCGAUCUUGCUUACCUGGGAAUUCCCAGAGAGCAGAUCUCCUUACCGUUGCACGAUUGAGUAUAACAGGCUGAAGAUGGACGUGGAUGCCAGGGAUACAAAGGCACUGAUCACCAACCUGCGUCCCAACACUACCUACGACUUCAAGAUCACCAGCCUGGAAGACAACAUCGGUGGCCUGAGACACAGGGUACAGGCUAGAACAGCCCCAUCUAUCCUGGUCCACAAGCCUGUGCUGGAUCAUUAUCGGGACAGCGACAGAACUCUUACUAUUAAAUUCCCAUCCCUGGAAAACAAAGACAUAGUCAAGAAUGUUUAUGUGGUGGUUGUUCCCCUGAAGAAAGUCCGGGGACUAUUUGUCAGGCAUUGGAAAAACCCAGAUGAAAUGGAUCUCGAAGAGCUCCUUAAGGACAUCACCCAGCGCCGGCACAGGCGAAGCAUGAGACACCUUCGCCAGCUCGACUUUCAGAAGCCUUACAUUGCUGCCUGCUUUGAGCCAUCCAUACUGCCCUCCUACUUCAAAGUAGGAAACCAAGUUGUUUAUAAUGGCUUUGAGAACCGGGCCUUAGAACCAGGCCAGGAGUACGUCUUCUUCCUUUUAGCAGAGCUCAACAUGACCACAGUGAAAAUGUUUGCAGCAAGCCCGUACACUGACUCGGUGAUGGCCCCAGAAGUGGAUCCCCAGCCCAUGGAUGGUGGAGAUGGGCUGAUCUGGGUGGUGGGACCUGUGCUGGCUGUGGUCUUCAUUAUCUGCAUAGUCAUUGCCAUCCUUCUCUACAAGAACAAACCUGACAGUAAACGGAAGGAGUCGGAACCACGCACCAAGUGUCUUCUGAACAAUGCCGAAAUCACACCGCACCACCCCACAGACCCCGUGGAGAUGAGACGCAUCAACUUCCAGACUCCAGAUUCUGGUCUCAGCAGUCCCCACAGUGAAGCCGAUUUUGACAUUGAAAGUAUGCUCAACCACCCACCUAUUCCCAUCACCGAGCUGGCCGAACACACUGAGCUGCUCAAAGCCAAUGACAACCUCAAUCUGGCUCAGGAAUAUGAGUCUAUCGAUCCUGGGCAGCAGUUCACAUGGGAACACUCCAACCUUGAAGUCAACAAGCCCAAGAACCGCUACGCCAACGUGAUCGCUUACGACCACUCGCGCGUCAUCCUGGCUCCCAUUGAAGGCAUCGCCGGGAGCGACUACAUCAAUGCCAACUACAUAGAUGGAUACCGCAAGCAGAAUGCUUACAUCGCUACCCAGGGUACCCUGCCAGAGACCUUCGGAGACUUCUGGAGGAUGGUUUGGGAGCAGAGGUCUGCCACCAUAGUUAUGAUGACCAGGCUAGAGGAGAAGUCAAGGAUAAAGUGCGACCAGUACUGGCCCAGCCGAGGGACAGAAACUUAUGGCAUGAUCCAGGUGACGCUGCUGGACACGAUUGAGCUGGCCACGUUCUGCGUGCGCACCUUCUCCCUGCACAAGAAUGGCUCCAGCGAAAAGCGGGAGGUUCGACAGUUCCAGUUCACAGCGUGGCCAGAUCACGGGGUACCAGAGUACCCCACCCCUUUCCUGGCUUUCCUGCGCCGGGUGAAAACCUGCAACCCCCCAGACGCAGGGCCCAUCAUCGUCCACUGCAGUGCUGGUGUCGGCCGCACAGGCUGUUUCAUCGUCAUCGACGCCAUGCUAGAGCGGAUCAAGCAUGAGAAGACGGUGGACAUUUACGGCCACGUGACCCUGAUGAGAUCACAGAGGAACUACAUGGUGCAGACAGAGGACCAGUACAGCUUCAUUCAUGACGCCCUCCUGGAAGCCGUGGCUUGUGGGAACACGGAAGUCGCGGCUCGCAGUCUCUACACCUACAUUCAGAAACUUUCACAAAUCGAAACAGGAGAGCAUGUUACUGGCAUGGAGCUGGAAUUCAAGCGCCUGGCCAACUCGAAAGCCCACACGUCCAGGUUCAUAAGUGCCAACCUUCCCUGUAACAAAUUCAAGAACCGCCUAGUCAACAUCAUGCCCUACGAGACCACUCGCGUGUGCCUGCAGCCAAUCAGAGGGUUGGAGGGCUCCGACUACAUUAACGCGAGCUUCAUCGAUGGAUACAGACAACAGAAGGCUUACAUUGCCACACAGGGACCCCUGGCAGAAACCACAGAAGAUUUCUGGAGGAUGCUAUGGGAGAACAACUCAACCAUCGUGGUCAUGCUUACCAAACUGAGAGAAAUGGGAAGGGAAAAGUGUCACCAAUACUGGCCUGCGGAACGUUCUGCAAGGUACCAGUAUUUUGUUGUGGACCCCAUGGCUGAAUACAACAUGCCCCAGUACAUCCUGAGGGAAUUCAAAGUUACAGAUGCCAGAGAUGGUCAGUCACGGACAGUGCGGCAGUUCCAGUUCACAGACUGGCCUGAGCAGGGUGUGCCAAAGUCUGGAGAGGGCUUCAUAGAUUUCAUUGGCCAGGUACACAAAACCAAGGAGCAGUUCGGACAAGAUGGACCCAUCUCUGUACACUGCAGCGCGGGAGUGGGACGGACCGGAGUCUUCAUCACGCUCAGCAUCGUCCUAGAGCGCAUGCGCUAUGAAGGGGUGGUGGAUAUCUUCCAGACGGUCAAGAUGUUGCGAACGCAGCGGCCGGCCAUGGUGCAAACAGAAGAUGAAUACCAGUUUUGCUACCAGGCUGCUCUGGAAUACCUAGGAAGUUUUGAUCACUAUGCAACGUAAUAAGCCAUCUUGUCAGCGAUUUUACCGUCCCCCAGUCCACAGUCUUCUGAGCCAUAGAAACUUGCGUGAAAUUUUAAGACAAAAUUCUCAACAUAACAACAAGAUGAAGAACAACAACAACAACAACAACGAAAAACACUUAUUCGGACUAAAAAAAAAAAGACUGUAGUGAGGGAGGAAGGAAUUUUAAAGGAGUGCGUCACACAUACAGAAGCCCUCACUCAGGAAUAAUCUGGAACCAAAUGGAGGCUCAAGCUGUCGGUUGGGAACUUUUUUUAUGUGUUGGACUGCUAACCUUACCUCAAGUGUUCAGACGUGGAGGACAUUAUAAAUAUUUUGUGGACAUCUAUUAAAUACAAAAAAAACAACAAAAACAACAGUAAACAAAAAAAACUACAUCAAAAUGUUGCUUCAUUUUGAUGCUCAAGAAGGGAGAAACAAGUUCUGUGUUUUAAAUUGACAAAAUAAGAAAAAAGGGGACUUGGUUACAUUAGACUAAGGAUUCAUGUGUCCAUGAUCAGGGUUAUGUUUCAGCAGUACAUCCCUUUGGAAAGGGGGAGUAAUAACAUAGUGAUUCUGGCAUCGUAGACAAGCCUUCAAGCUGUGCCCACUGUUGUCCCAGGAAAUGGUAGUUUAGACCCCUAAGAGAUUUAAUGUCUUCAUAGAGAACAGGAGAUUGAAUAUUAGUACCAAGGAAAGAGGAGGAGAUAAUGCAGUCCACCCCACCCAUCUUUACCACCCAUUGCUUGUUACACCCUGAUGUUAGGCCGAGUGAAGACUUGACACUUGCUUCUGUUAGCCUUCCAGCAGUCCUUACAAGCAAUUAUGGGCUGUCAAAAAAAAGCAAUCUAGAUUUAAAGAAAAAAUAUUUUUUUAAAAUCUAUUUUUAACAACAGAACAGUCGAGGGUUUAAAAGGCAAAAGGAAUUUGAAAACAUCACGUUUAAUAGGAAUAUUUUUCUGCUUCCGCAGCAUAUGGAUUUAGGCAGAGGUCAAGCAGCCAGCAACGUUACGUUAAGGGAGUGGAGGAAGGGUGGUGCAUUUCUGAAUGUUGAAGUUGAAGUAUAAACUGGAGGGCAAGGGGCAUAACUGAAAUGUAUUGGAUUUCUCCUGCAAGAGAAGCCUUUUUUCCAAGAAAGAGAAGUGAGGACACAGUUGUUCAAAGUUGAAGAGAUUCUUAUCUGGGUGUGUUGUUGUCCAGUGAAGUUCUCUGUCAGUAUCUGUAUAUCUGUUAACUGUACUUGCAUACAGGUGAAUUGUGGACUUUGAAAAGCACUUUAUCCAGACUCUCUCAAAUGUGCUCCCUUUUUAAAUUUGGUAACAACAAAUUUGGGUUAACUCGCGGACAAGUGAAAACAAUCCAGAAUAUUCCAUCAGGGCUUUCUGGGGUCUGGGCUAGAACGGAUGGUUAGAACCAAAUAUUUGAGCGGACUGGGGUUAUCCACAUGAUGAUCGCUGUAUAAAUUGCUCAAUAAUAGACUGAAACAAAUGCUAUUUUCACCAAAAGUCUAAAAAGUCCGUUUAUUAUGUAUGAAUCCAUUACCUUCUUAAAUUCUGAAAGUUCUGAACCACUUCAUUUAAUUGCAGUAAGCUCUUUCAACUAUUCAGGAUUCUUUUGUUAAGACAUCAAAAGGGCUGGGUAUCUGCUGCUCACUUCACAAUAAUCAGAUUAUCUUCUGUAAACAGGGAGCAGAGAGAUAUAAAUGCUGUGCAUUACAAGGUCAGUUUUAAGGCUGCAUGAAUGUCUCAGAAACUGUGGACUGUAACUCAUCCACAAUAGUCGGCAAAUACAGAUUCCCAGUUUUGCUAAAUAGCAGACCAGGAGAAGAAGGCAGAAUGCUUUUUUGUAUUGGUUUGCACAAGCAGCUGUAGCAAUCAUUCCAUUGAAAGGACUGAACACAUCCCUUUUCUGUAAAGAGUGUGCAAGGAGGAAACUGAGCGGGUUGUUGUUUUAAAUGAAAAAGCAGAACAGUGAAAUUUCCUUCCAUUAAACCUGCUACCUGUCUUUUUUUUGUAACUGUAGUAAGCAGUUUAUUGCAAGCAUGCUUUGUUUUUCCAAUAAUUUCAAAAUAAUUAAGAUACAUUAAAUAUACAUCACUACAGUCGUUCAAACCUGGUAUGUCCCUUUUCUAUUGCAAAAGAUCUAAAUAAUGAUCUUGUGAAGGAGGUAACAGCACCAGGUUACUGAAGAAAUUAUCCUGGAAUAUAUUUUACCAGCCCAUACCUCAAAGAGUUGUUCUCCCUUGUUGCCAGCAUCUUAAUAGAAAUUAAAUCAGCACUUGAACUGUUUGCUAUGGUGUGAUAUUUAGGCACAGGGCCAAGGCCUAUUAGGUCAUGAUGGCUUGGGUAACUUUUUCAACCACUGUGUACAAAGAAGAAGAGAAUGGUUUUGUUAUUCUUUUGUUCAGAGUCAAAAGGAGGGGUUAUUGCUUUUAGUAAGGCCUUGUCACCUUGCCUGAUCUACAGUGCACUCAAAGAUGCUUGUGAGGCUCCACUUUAGAAAUCACUACAAGUGGUUUAUCAUUGCUCCUCGAAACAAGUUCAGAAUGCCAAAACGAAAUCACUCCCUCAGUUGCUGUUGAACAAACCAGGAUACCAAGCAAAUUGGUGGGAUUACAGAGUAUGAAAAUAAUGUUUUAGACAAGGAAAAGUAUUGAAAGAACAAAUCAAGUGGACUGUUGCUUGUCUGUUAGCUACUUCACCAGGUAAUUCGAGACCGAGGUAAACAGACAAAGCCAGCUGGGCCUCAAUUAAAAAUGGAAAGUGCUCCUAUAAAACAUGUUGAAUUAGAUCACUUGUCUUUAGAAUUGAAAGUUGUUUUCUUGAGAGGUAUUAAAAUUCUGUCAACACUUGGUGAUGUCUGCAUAUGUAGUGGAACUCCCCCCAACACUCACCCACAGAACCAGUAUCCCACCAGACAGUUGUUUUUCGGCUCAGAAGGAAGUACACCUCCAGCUCAGUAGGUGUUCACUCACGUAUGGAGCUGCCUGGGAGCUGUGAGUUGUCCAAAAAAGCCUUAUUGUUCUCAAUAUUCAUAGAAUAAACAUUUUAUAUUUGCUUUCCCUUUUACCUGGCAUUUUCAUUUUCAUUUAGUUACAGUGCUUAACAAAAAAUCUAGUUUGCAUUAUUAAAGUCAGCGGGGAAAAAUGCAUAUUUGUUCAUAUUAUGUUAAAAAGACAUUUCUAUUUUUUCACUGUAGAAUUGUUAAUUGUAAGGUGUGUGUGAAUACAUAUAUUUUCACAGUGUAUAUGUAUUCACAAAUGCAGUUUAUAUAUACAGUAUAUAUAUCAUCCAGAAUGUUACUAUAAAUUUUGUUUUUAUUUUUUUUCCUUUUUUUUACCUUUUAGAGCCUUUUAAUUGCUGUUAUAAAAAAGAAUAUGAUGGCUUUUCUUUUUUAAAUUUGUAAUCACAACCUUGGGAAAUAUUUUGCGUUUCUCUGGAAACAGUGAAAUGGGUAGGGCUGCUGCAUUGUGCUGUUGCCUCAGACCCUUUUAAUUUACUACCACUCGGUAGACUGUGCUGAUAGCAUAGUUGUUUUUAUUAUUAAUAUUAUUACAAUGAUGAUUAUUAGUAUUAGUAUCUUUUUUUAAGUAGCAAAUUAAACUGGUCUACUAAACAAUGAAUCUGAGAAUUAAUUAGACAAUAACCAUUUAAUUACUACUGUACUGGACAGAUUAAUUCUGCUGUACGCGGUGAAAAUGUAUGUUUUUUUAAGCCCUCUCUUUCUGUAGUUUUCAAAUUUUACUAACACAGAUUAACUAUUGACUAUGUUGUAUACCAUUUAUGGGCCAGAACAGAAUUUAUAUAUAUAAAAAAUCUGGUCCUUCUAAACUUGAAAAAAGAAAGCUGGAAUGCUAAUCACCCAGAGUUCUCAGAGGUCUGCUCUUCGUGUUGCCUUUUGGUUUUGGUCUCUGGGUUUUUGCUUAAGUUGGACCACUGGCACAGGGACUGCAUGGUGUUGUUCACAGCGAUAGUGCCAUGAUGUCCGGAUGGCUUUUGCCAUCAGUGAUCAUGUGAUGCUUUUGUGCACAGCAAGCAAGGUUUCGGCCAUGCUGUCUUCAAGCCUGACGAGCCAGCACUGUCACACUGCCACAGAGGAAAUGUCUUGUAAUACUGCCCCUCUGUUUAGACCACAUUAUGCUCGACUCCCUCCACGUCAGCAGAGAUCAAAGUCUAAGAAACCAGAUGUUUGUGUCCCACUUUUAAUUUCUUGUUUGCCACUGUAUACUAAGAGGCACUAAAAGCAUAACAAAUGCUAAUGAUUUCCAUACUCAUGUGUUGGGCUUUCAAUGCUUCUUAGUACGGUAAAUAAAUUUGGGCUCCUGAGCAAAGCGAGACCGCAUUUUAGAAACUCUUAAGCUGUUUCUAAAGCCGUUUGUGGAGCUACAGUUGUGCUGACUGGGGCUCUCCACUUGUAAUUGGAAGGUUGUGGGUUCACAUCCCCAGUGGAGCACUGUUACAGUAUGGUACUGUACACUGCUCAAAGGCCCUUCAUCAAGGUAUUUCACUCAUACUGCUUCAAUAAAGUACCCAGCUGUGCACAUGGUUACAAAUGUAAGUUGCUUUGGAUAAAGCAUAUAUUGAUAUUACAUCUUUACAUGGAAAAGAAAUUAAGUAUUCUGAUCUGAAAAAAGCACGAAGGGCUGUUUGCCCAGUGCCUGAACUAGUCAAGGCAAUGAGCAGAAGAAUCCUGGGAGACAGCAAUGAUGGCAGCUUUCUAUGCUGAAAUGAAUUCCUUGAAUUGUACCUGUGUGACGUACAUUGUAGUUGACAAAUUGGUGGUUGAUUGCUCAACGCACCUUUGUUCUUAAGACGACCCUUAUAAAUUGUCUGUGUUGUAUCAAAUUUGUUGGUGAGGCAUUGUUAGUACAUGCAAUGUAUUCUCGUUAGGGGACCGAGAACAAAUCUGGAUUUCUUUUCAAAAACUGAAAGGCGCAAAUACAACCAGAAGAACAUAAAAGGGCAAAGACUUGCUCAUCUAGCAAUCCUCUGAGGUUGCCAACAUGGCCUCAAACAGCUUGGAUUUUUACGCAAAACCCAUUUUGAGGAUAAGAAAGCCUAGUCUGGAUGUGAGAACUGCUAAGGAGCCAGGGAGAAAUGAGGACUGCAAAGGAGUUUUGGAAGCUUGUUCAACUUGUUGCUCUGUAACUAGUGAAAGUUGCCAGAAUUAGGACUUAUGUUGCAGCCAAACUAAUGGAACAUUUGUUCAAUGGUAAAACAGAAAAAAUAAAAAAAUGAAAAUGAAAAAUACAACAAAAAAAAGUUUCUUUGUAUGAGGGCCAAGUGCUAUCGCUUUCAAAACUGUUAACUGAAACAAUAAUUGGUUUAAAACCACUGUGUAUGUAGAUACGUUGACUUUGUAUUAAAGAAAAGAUUGUCUGAAAGCAA